AUGGUACCAAGAGUACAGAUGGUACAGAGCGUACAGAUUGUUCAAGUGGUACAGACGCUUCAGACCCUUGAGACACUACAGACCCUAAAGAUGGUACGGAUGGUACAGACAAUAAAGAAUCUGCAGAUCCUACAAACUCUACAGAAGGUAUCGAUGGUACAGUCGUUGGUACGGAUUGUACAGACGAUACAGAAUCUUCAGACCCUACAGACUCUACAGAAGGUAUUGAUGGUACAGUUGGUACAGAGUAAAGAUUCCGCAGACGGUCGAGAUGCUACCGAGGGUACAGAUGGUACAGUUGGUACGGAUGGUACAGAACGUACAGAUUUCUCAAGUGGUACAGACGCUCUAGACCCUUUAGACACUACAGACCCUACAGAUAGUGCGGAUGGAACAGACGAUACAGAAUCUGCAGACCCACAGAGUCUACUGAAGGGAUCGAUUGUACAGUUGGUACAGAAUAAAGAAGCCACAGACGGUCGAGAUUGA